AUGGUCAGCCUGGCCAAGCACAGCCGUGGUGUCCUCCACCACUGUAGGGCGUGUCCGGUCCACGUGCUCUGCCUCUUGGAGCGGGGCACGGUCCAGCCAAGCCCCAGGCUGUUGCACGGCCUCCAGAAGCCCACUCCACCGAAGCCUGGACAGGGCCUCAUUCUGAGCCUACCGCAAACUACGUGGACCGUGCGGGGCGGGACGGGACACCGCUUGCUCUCUCUCUCUCUCUGGGAUGAAAUAAUAUUCCUGCUUUCCCCUUUGCUUCCUACACCAGGUUACAGGGAAGGGUUUCUCUGGAAGCGUGGCCGGGAUAACGGGCAGUUCCUCAACCGCAAGUUCAUCCUGACUGAGGGAGACGGAAUCCUGAAAUACUUCACCAAGACCGACGCCAAAGUGCCCAAGGCCAUGAUUAAAGUGGACAACAUCAACGCUACCUUCCAGCCGACUAAAAUAGGGAAUCCCAACGGCCUCCAGCUCAUGUACCUGAAGGACAACAGCACGAGGAACAUCUUUGUUUAUCACGACGAGGAGAAGGAGAUCGUGGACUGGUUCAACGCCAUCCGAGCCAUCCAGUUCCACUAUUUGAAAGUGGCUUUCCCGGGAGCAAGUGACCAGGAGCUGAAGCACAAACUGACCAGGAACUUCCUGAAGGAAGGCUACAUGGAGAAGACUGGACCCAAGCAGACGGAAGGCUUCAAGAAGCGCUGGUUCUCGUUGGAUCACCGUCGCCUCAUGUACUUCAAGGAUCCACUGGACGCGUAUGCCCGGGGCGAGGUGUUCAUCGGCAGCAGCGACAACGGGUAUGUGGUGAAAGAGGGGCUGCCGCCGGGCACACCGGCCAGCGGCUCCUGGCAGCACGGCAUCACCAUCGUAACCCCCGACCGCGACUUCCUCUUCAUCUGCGAGACGGAGCAAGAUCGGCAGGAAUGGGUGUCAGUGUUCAACGGGGUGAUGGCUCAACAGAUGUCACCGCAGGAAUAUACAGUGGAAGCCUACUUCAAACACAGACGAUAGAACAAGCCGACCUGCCUCCGACUCUCCACCCACUUUUUACGGACAAACAAAGUGACAUUUGCCUCUGGAACCCGUUUCACCAAUGUCUCCAGAUACUACUGAUGGCGUUUUUCCUUCCCCCACCCCCUCCAGAAUUGUUGGCUUAACUUGGAACAGCCCGGCACUGGACCGUAAAGCACAACAGCCAGCUCCGUCGAGCCUGACCUAAGGAUUUCCACCACUGACUGACCUGUCAGACCAGACUCUGAGACGGAACCCGCUGUGAUUAACUCACGGGGUGAACGCGGCUACCGUUAGUUGUAUCGCCCAGCCCUUCACCAGCUGGCACCUUCCAUUAACACUCACCGAGUCCCAGCAGAA